AUGAAGAGGUUAAGGUCAAGCGAAGAUCUUCACUCGUAUGGCGAAAAGAACGGUGGUGAUAAGAAUGGUGUGAAGGAUUCAUCAAAUCUCAACCGUUCGUUUUCAUCUACUGGUCAGAGAAGUUUUUAUUAUAAGCAGGAGAAUGUGAGGAAGAGUUUAAUUUCUUCGUCUUCUUCGUCGCGAUACGAGAGGGAUCGAACGGUGGAGGAAGAUCGGGAAGGUUCUAGAUUGGAAUAUUGGGGUGCUGAUAGAAAUUGUGGGGGUGCUGAAAGGAAUAGUGGGGGUGCUGAUAGAAAUUUUGGGGGUGCUGAAAGGAAUAGUGGGGGUGGAGAUAGGAAUUUGAUUCAUAGGUCGGAGAGUUUUUGUGGAGGGUCAAGGAGGGAGUUUCCGAAGGGGUUUCGAUCGGAGAGGGAUCGUUCGAGGAGGGAGGGGAGUGUGUCGUCGUGGAGGAGAGGAUUGAAGGAUUUUGAUGAGAGUAGUAGAGGGAGUGGUGGUGGUAGUAGGGUUGAAGAGAGGGUGGUUAGGUCUCCGAAGGGUUUUUCGAGGGAUGUGAAAUCGCCCAGUUGGUCAAAGGAUUCGGAGAGUGAGCAGUCGAAGAAGAGAAAUUCUGAGUCUCCAAGGGUGUUUAGGGAGGUUAAGUCGAAAUCUAAGUCGCCUUCUGUGUCUAAGGAUUCGGAGAGUGAACAAUCCAAGAGUGUUAGUGGUGUUGAGGUGAAGAAAAGCGAGGAGAUGUUGCAACAGGUUCAGAGUGGAAGUGGUAGUGAAAUGGAAGAGGGGGAGCUUGAACCUGAACCGGUCCGUGAAACUGAACUGAAACCUGCUCCUAAAGAUGAAGCAGCUGGAAGUGAAAUCCAGCAAACCUCUGAGGACAAACAAGCGCAAAAGAAGAAGAAUGAAUGCCAUUCAGGUGAUGCAGAUGUUGUUAUGGAAGAAAAACAGACCUUGUCGAGUAAGGAAGAAGCAAAAUGUACGCAGGAUAUUGAUUCUGAGGUAAAAGUUGCAGGAAAAGAAGUUUGUGAGUUGCCUAAGACUCAAGAUGAUCCAACUAAUGAAAUAUCUGUUGCUGAGAGUGAGAUUGGAACCACAAGUAAUGUUGAUGAUAAGAAGAAUGUGUGUUUGAACGGGGAUGAUACUCGUUGCAAGGAGGAAAUGGAGAAGGGAACAGAUAAGGGGAAGGCGAUGCUUAAUGAAGAGGAGCGUGAGGAGGAUAACGGUGUAGGUGGUAACAAACCUGAGUCAAUUGAAGGCUCAACCGAGAAUGAUGUUGCCGAUGAAGUGAAGGGGGAAACAAUGGAGAGUGUGAGUGUGAUCAACAAUGUGAAGGAUAAAGGCAAAAGCAUCUCGGUCACACCUGAUGUUGCACAUUCUUCAAAAGAUGGCUUGUGGAUUGAUAGAGGAUCAAAUGAUCUUGCAACAUGCCCGGUAGAUGACAUGGAAGGUCCAAGCAGAAGAGGGUUCGAGCUUUUUUCUACUUCUCCUGUGAGAAAAGCAGAAAAGUCAGAUAGCUUGGUUCUAAAAAAGGAGAAUGAUGACAGUCUUGCAAUGGGCCAGCUUGACCUUUCUCUUAGCUUGCCGAAUGUUCUGUUACCGAUAGGAGCUCAGGAAACAGCAACGCAAGCCCCUGGAUCUCCCAGUCAAGCACGGAGUGUUCAGUCUCUAAGUAAUACAUUUUGUACUAACUCAGAUGGUUUUACUGCAUCAAUGUCAUUUUCAGGUUCCCAAUCAUUAUAUCACAAUCCAAGUUGUUCUCUAACGAAAAAUUCAGUGGACUAUGAACAAUCUGUUGGAAAAUCGGUUGGCAGUCGCCCCUUGUUCCAAGGAUUUGAUUGGCAAGCCCUAUCUCAGCAAGGUGAUCCCAAACAGAAAGAAGUUCCCUCUAGUCAGAGAACUUCGAUGAAUGGGAACGGUUCUCUUUACCAGCCACAAGCAUCAUGGGGUGUUUUAGACACUCAAGCUUUGAAAGGUCAACAUUCUAGGGCUCUAGAAGGAAGCUCAAAAAUGGGCAGUGGGCUUGAAAAACAAUUGAGUUUUCAUAAGCAAAUUUCAGGACAGUCAAGACGACAUGAUGAUGUUCGGUCUCCUACGCAGAGUGUUGGGUCUCAUGACAAUGGAUCAAAUUAUAGUUUUGAGAAAAAAAGGGAAAGGAGUAGUGGUGGUCUACAUCGAACUACCAGCCAGAAAGGACAAGAACAACUUCUGAUGGGUGGACUUGAUUUUGUUAAGACAAUCAUUGCUAGAAUUAUUUCUGAAUCUGUGCCCGUGAUGUCGAGAAAGUUCCAUGAAAUGUCUGGACAGUACAUGACACAUAUGAAAGAGGGUAUUCGGGAACUCAUGCUCAAUGCAGAUAGCCAUGGUCAGAUACUUGCUUUUCAAAAAAUUCUGCAGAACAGGUCUGAUAUAACCUUGGAUGUUCUAGUGAAGUGUCAUCGAGUGCAACUGGAAAUUCUGGUUGCAAUAAAAACUGGUUUAGCCCAUUAUCUUCACCUAGGUGAUAACAUUUCAUCUAAUGAUUUAGCUCAAGUUUUUCUAAACUUGAAGUGUAGGAAUGUAUCAUGUCGAAGUCAGUUGCCGGUCGAUGAAUGUGAUUGCAAGCUUUGUGUGCAGAAGAAUGGUUUUUGCAGGGAAUGUAUGUGUCUUGUGUGCUCUAAGUUUGACAACGCGUCGAACACUGUUAGUUGGGUUGGGUGUGAUGUUUGUCUCCACUGGUGUCAUACUGACUGUGGAUUGCGGGAAUCUUAUAUUAGAAAUGGAAAUAGUACUACUGGAACAAAAGGAACGACUGAGAUGCAGUUUCAUUGCAUUGCUUGUGAUCACCCUUCUGAGAUGUUUGGCUUUGUCAAAGAGGUGUUUCAAAAUUUUGCAAAAGAGUGGUCAGCCGAAUAUCUUUACAAGGAACUUGAAUAUGUGAAGAGGAUCUUUUCUGCCAGCAAGGAUAUAAGAGGGAGGCAAUUGCAUGAGAUUGCAGAUCAAAUGCUGCCAAGGCUGACAAUUAAGUCCAACCUUCCUGAGGUUUUGAGACGCAUCAUGUCUUUUCUCUCUGAUUGCGAUUCUUCCAAAUUAGCCAUGACAACGAACUUCUCUGGAAAGGAACAAGGCAAAGAGAACAGUGUUGUAGCUGGGCCCAGCCAGGAAGCUGCCUGGCUGAAAUCUAUUUAUUCAGAUAAGGCACCUCUGUUAGAAAGACCUGCAAGCAUCCUUCCAAGAUUUGACCAGAAUGAUAAAAGGACAAUGGUGCAGGAGUUGCAGUUGAGUAGUGUUCAAAAAGACUUCGGUUUUGAUGAAUUGGACAGUAUAAUAAAAAUCAAACAUGCAGAGGCCAAAAUGUUUCAAACGCGUGCUGACGAUGCUAGGAGAGAAGCUGAAGGGUUGAAGCGCAUUGCCCUUGCAAAGAAUGAGAAAAUUGAAGAAGAGUAUGUCAACCGAAUCACCAAGUUACGGUUCACUGAGACAGAUGAAAUGCGCAAGCGAAAGUUGGAAGAACUCCAUGGAUUAGAGAGGGCACAUCGGGAGUAUUUGAACAUGAAAAUGAGAAUGGAGUCAGAGAUUAAAGAUCUGUUAUCCAAAAUGGAAGCAACUAAAAUGAACCUUGCCAUGUGACCAGAUCAAAAUAUUUAGAAUAGUUUUUUCAGGUAAAUGUAUCAUGUCUCAUCCUGAAAUUUGUAGGUUCUAGUGCUCUGCCUUAUUGUUGUGAGCUACUGUAGUUCCUGAUUCAUAGUUGUAUUUAUUCGUCGUUGUAGUUCGUUGUGUUUAUAAGCUGCUAACCAAAAUCUGUAGAGUCCAUCACAGUAGUUAUCAGUCUUAUAAAACAAUAGCAAUUAUGAAAUCAGUUUUAAACAGCUUACUGUUAGAAUACAAAAAAUAGUCAGCAUUUGGCUGGAUUUGCUAUACAGGAUUGUUCUUCUGACUGUCGGCAUAGGAAAGGUAUAAAUUAGAAACCUUUACCUUCACCUUGGUGGAUAUUGUGCUUUGAACUUGAAUGUAUUUGUUGCAUUUAUGUCAAAUAACGAUUUCAUGUUAAUUUUUUCUCUA